CUGAGGCUGCACGAGUAGCAGUCGAAAGUCUUAAUUACAGAGUAUCAAUAGAUAAGUGUUGAGAGAAUAAAAUUGUAGUAUUACAGAAGUUUAUUUCGGGACUAAUUAUCCUACUGGUUAUAAGUACCAACCUCUUGUCAUUAUAUUUAUAAGUUCAAGUAUACAUCACUGUCAGUCCAUUGCUUCACACUACUAAAGUCGGAUUAUCAGAUGACAUUAUUUUCUUUCUUUUUUUUUGCUGUCCCAUAAUCAGAAAGUAAAAUACAUUUCAUUAUCAUUCUAGAAAACACCACAAUACGAAUGUUUAAUAGUCUCCCAUUCAGCAGAGAAACAACAAUGCAAAUUAAGCUAGUAUGGCUUAAAUAACUAAAAAUAUUACCACAAGAGCCCUCUCAACAACCCUACAUGAGCCUGGAGUGAGUGCGGGCGUCUGCCUCACUCACGCACACACCCAUGCAACACACACGUGCACCCAUUUUCUUCUGCUUCUACUAUGCACGAAACCACGAAAACAUUAAUACCUGCCCAUCACUACUUACAUGUAUCGGUUUCCUAAUUAUACAGACAAACUCUAAUAACUUUAAAAAUGUAUAUAAUGACUCAAUUUGUAUAUUAUUCUAAUAAUAUAAAGCGAGUGGGAGGAAGAAAUUUCAAGCAGGUAGGGAAUAAAAUAAAAUAAAAUAAAAAUCCACCCGGUGCAACGCUUUUUUCAAUUAUCUACGCAACAUUACUGAACAGAUACUCUUAUAUUCAAAUAUUUGGCGAUGUUAUAUAAUACUCAACAAUAUGUUUCAAGGCGAAAACCAUAAAAAGUCAGCAUUUGAAGGAAUAAUAACAAAAUAUAGGAGGCUGCGAUCAGCUGUUCCACCACAACAAGGGACGAUGAAAGACACACUCUCAUUUUUUUCACCAUAAUGUCCUCCUCGCGAGUCCCGGGUCUUCGUCAGCACGGCCGUCAUCAUCUUAUGCAGAAACUCCACUUCAGGGAGCUGUAUGGUGAGACAAGGCAGACACGUUCCCGGCCUCGCCAAAAGUUGUUUUACCAGCUGCCUCACCGCUUGGCCUUCUCCCUGGCUGAGGUGGCUCCUGCCUCUGCCUUGGCUGCUGGACAUGUGUUCCUGGGCUUCACCAAGUGUGGUCAAUUUGUGCUCUCUUACACCCAUUCCAGCGACACAGAUGACCACACACUGCAGAUGGAACACAGGUACAGACUCCACUGGUGGGUGUUUGUUCCCUACACACCAUUGAAGAAGGUGGCUGAGGUGAUGCUGUUUGGUGACCAGACCCUACAAGCCAAUGUUUAUGCCUUUGAGAAUGUCUUCAUCUCCCUCUGUCAGUGGCCAAGGGACAUGUCAAAGAUUCUUGUGUAUGGCUGCAGUAUGAUUGAAGGCAGUGAUGGCACCAGCUCCCAGACACGCCGGUGCUGUGUCACCAUCACAGCGGUGCCAUCACUUGACAACUGCUCUGCCUGCUACCAGGUGGCCACGUCCUAUGAGGAGGAAGACCUGGCCGAGAGAUGGAACAGCUGUGCCCGGUUCAGCUGCCUCAAGCACGGCAUCACAGUGCACACCAGCUUUGAGAUGGUGCCGCCCUUCCCAAAGUUCCUCCCGAGCGUACAAAUGAAGCGGCGGGGAUUUGUGGUGCUCAAUGCUGGCAACUUCAUCCAUGUCCUGCAUGUAGAUAUUGAAAACGUGGAUCGACGGAUGAAGGACAGUGAGGUGGAGGGAACAAGACUGAGCUGCAUCAGGGUGAGGGAAGAAGAUGAGAGUGAUGAUGACAGGGACCAGCAGAAGGUGAAGCACAGGAGAGUGUCUGGGGAGCAGCAGCAGCAGCAGCAAUAUAGUGUUCCAACCUUGAGAUCCCACAAGUACAGUGCAGCAGAUAGCAGCACCACCAGUGACCCUGAGGUGGACAGUCAGAGCAGCUGUGAGGAGGAGGAGAGAGACCACUGUAUUAGCAUCACUCCUGUCACCAAGAAUAGUGGAUUGAAAAUUACCUUAAAUAUGGGCAGCAGCAGCUUGUGCAGCACUUCCACUACAGACAGAGACAGGGAGUGGGAGAUCUUGAUAGGCAGUGUACCAGCACGAGGCGAGGGACGAACUAAAAGCGAGGGGAGUGGUGGUGCAGGUGGGAUCACUGCAGCGAGUGGGAGUGGGUGCCAGCGAAGUGCCAGUGAGGAACAGGGCACCUCUCAUGCCUGUGAAGCUAAUGUCUGUGAUAAUAACAAAGGCCAUCCUGAGGGAGACGGGCCCCGGUCAGGUCUGGCCUCCAAUCUCACGCCCAAGGACUUCCACUUUCUCGAGGCUUCGCCGCGUCACUACUACGGUGAGAGUGACUAUUUUAAUGACAACGACUCGGACGACUCCACCUGGUGUUCCCACGCUAGUGAAGACUCGCGCCGCAAUGACCUCAGGGACACAGCCACCAGUGGGGCUGAGCGACACAGACCCCCAGUGAGCUACUGUGGUGUGGGGACUAAAGGUGAUGACUGCGUCUUUGGCUCUCAGUUCCCUCAGCAACAGCAGCAGCAGCAGCAGCAACAGCAACAGCAACAGCAACAGCAACAGCAGCAGCAGCAGCAGCAGCAGCAGCAGCAGCAGCAGCAGCAAGGCAGGAGCAGAAUGGUCCUCAGGAGUUCUAGUGAAAGCUCCUGUGGUGAAAAGACACCAACCAAGCAGGCAGAAAAAGAAUAUGAAUUCAUAGAUGAAAUUACAGACUCUCGUCAUGAAAAACUGAGUGUGUUUAGGCGCAGGAGACUAGCAGACAAAAAAUAUGAGUUUUCUGAUGAGAACAUGGAGAACAUACCUCAAAACUACAGCAGCUACCGUAACCAGAGUCGACGGCUACUGAUGAGUCCCUCACGAUCCCCAAGGUUCCGUUCCAUGGGUGUGCCCCUCUCUGAGCUGUCCAUUGAGCUUGGGGAGUCCUCAGGCCUGCUGAGGUCUAUGUAUGAGAAGCUGCUGAGCCCAGUAUCCAGCGGAGGCUCUCCCAAUGAUGUGCUGCGACCCAUCAACCAGAACAUCACCAGCCCCAUCCUUUCGCCCCGGGAUGACCGCUGGAGGGAGGAGAGAGAGAUGCUGGAGAAGGCUGAACUGCAGAGAUGGAGUUCCAGAGAGAGUUUGGGAGUUUUUGCCCUCAGUCCUGGCAGAGUCCAGAAGUCUUCUGAGAAAAGUACAGCUGGGCUUGCACAAAAUGCUUCUGAGCACACACAGUCACUGAGCAUGAGUUGUGUAGUAGAUUUCAAUCGACGGUAUAUUGAAGUGGAUGAUGAACUGGUGUCUAUCAUCACAGACAUUGAGGAUGACGAGCUGAGCACCGCCACGGGCUACCACAACGCCCUGCCGCUGGAGGUGCAUGGCUCGGGCUACACCCAGAUGCAGAUGAUCUCCAACACUAAGGCUGAGAAACUGAAUGCUCCUGGAGUGCUGGUGAAGCAAGUGAGCCUUGAUGUGGAGCAGUUCUGCCAUGAAUUAGCUCAGAGAGUGUGUACAGAAGCCAACAAGAAAUACUUUUUCUGCAAUGACUACAAUGUAGAGAUUGUAGAUGUAUGCCCUGAUAGUGGAGACAUUGUGGCUCUGGCCUCAGUCUUGGUGCAGGCAGCCACACUGGUCAAGGGUCUGCCCAAGACAGCACGCUCCCCCCUUAGCUCACUUACCCGCCGACAGUACAAGACGACAGCAACUUUUGUCUUCAACAUGGACACCAAACAGUAUUAUGUUGUGGAGAAAGAGCCACUAACAGAGACAGAUCCUUACUGCGUGGAGACGAUGGAUUGUGACGUGGGUGAUGAGCGGUGGUGGCUGGGAGCUCGCCAGGCAGCCAGGCAGCUGCGGGCCCAGUGGUCCUGCCCCACAGACUACUACUCCAGUGUCAAGGUCAUGACCAACGAGCCAUUCCUGAAAGGGAAGUCUCUGAACCACAUUAUGGAGAGCCAGCACCUGGUGGCUCUGGUGUUGGGGCCGCAGCCUCAGGACUUCUAAGGCACCACUGCGCCUCCACACAUAUUACUGCAGGUCAGGUAGAGUGGUGCCAUAUUACCAAGUCUGCAAGUAUCCCUCUUGCAAAUUUGCAUAAACUCGAAAGAGGAACAAGAACAAACUGAUGAGUCACAGUUGUGUGUGUGCUGCUGCUGCACUCCACCAUUUUUGUCCUUUGCCUACAAACCUUCAUGGAAGCAGCAGCACUGUCUUACCUUGCCAUCUGUGUUGAGCACUUUGUGAGUCUUGACCAGAGCCUGGCUGACAGUUUCCUCAUGACACAAAGGCACACAGAAGUGCUGCUUGUGUCUCACCACCACUGACCACAAUUACUACCUUCUACUGGGGCAUUAGUAUUUAUUUGAACUAUAGCUGCAAUUACACAAUUGUAUGUACUGUGAGAAGCUGCUCAUUGUUCUACAUAUUUGUAUUUUUAUUAUGUACUUUUUGCAUAUUGCCUGUAGCCAAAGCAUCUUGCUCAUUCCAGAUCAAGGUUCUCCUGCAAGUUGUAUUUACAUAUCAUUUCCUUCCUUGCCACAGUCUUGUACAGCUUGACCACCACCAGUCAGGGUGGUAGCUGGGAGAUGCUCUCCCUUGCAUCACCCCACCUUGAGAUGUGCUGUCUCCUUACUAGUAUUUGAAAUUUACACAGACUCUGGGUAAUUUUUUAUUUUAAUUCUGUUCACUUGAGUUUUUAUUGUUUAGUUUAAACAAGACAAUGUUGCACCUCAUUUUAUUUGUACUCAUAUUUAUCAAAUUUUUUUUAUUUGACAUUUACUGGAGAGGGAGUUAUUAUCUCAUUUAAUUUACUGUUCACUGAGAAGUUUUCAAUAUAUUCAGGAUAAAAAUUCUGACAAACUGACAUUAGAGUCAAGGAAUGUUACUGACUAAUUUUAACUAUUGUUCCUUGAAGAUAAAGUGUUUAUCUUCAGAUUUGUUUUUGACUAGAAAGAAUUUAUACUCAUUUCAUACACCUACCUCUUUAUGUAGACCUGUUGUUACUUUUGUUUUAGUCACAGGAAAUUUGUUAUUGAUGAAAAUCUUUCUUGAUUGACAUCUAGGCCAUGAUUGUGUUCUAGUGCUGCCCAGGACUGAGGGUCAUGACGACUGGCUUUGUGCUCUGUCAGACAUUUCUUGUUUCCUGUCAUGUGUAACGUUAUUUUUUUUAUUUAUUUAUUUAUUUAUUUAUUUUAUUUAUUUUUUUUCUCCUCCUCCUCCAGUUCCUGGAAACUACAGCAUGCAUCAAUUCAGUGCAUGUUUUGGUAUUGCCUAGCACAUGUUACUUCUUUGAGAGGUGUGUCUGAUGUGACCCUUGAACAUUUUGUUGUAUACAUUAUCUGAUUUCUACAAAACAGUCACCAAAACUACAAAGUACAAACUUACAACUUUAAUUACAGUCCCUUUACUUCAUUCACCCAUCAGCACUUCCUUGAAUAGAUUUUUGUUCCGAAAUUUUUAUUGAGUAUUUAGUGAUGCUUAUAUACUUGAAAAGGAAAACAUUUUGUAACAUGUGCGAGCCCUUUUUUUUCUCUAUCUUUUUUUUUUCUGCAUUUAAAGUACGUGAAGUAUGUGUGAAGCUUGGUAAUGUUGAGAUGUUCAGAAAUGAGAAUAUAUUAAUACUUGGUAACCCUAAGUGUUUAUUGCCAGGUUGGGAAAAUGUGCUGCAUCAUGUUAUGCAGUAGAUGACUCGUGAACUAGACUGGAAAUAUUAUUCGAUGUUUUGGUGUUUGUGUUCUUGGUGCAGACAUGUCAGUGUUGCAUGACAAAACGGGAUGAAUGUGGAGGACCUGUAAUGCUGCACCUGCUUUCCUGUUGUGAUGAAUUGAAGAAAUUGUUUUAUGUAUACAGUUACCUUUUGAACAGAGAAGUAACUAGACUUACUACACUUUCUCUGCAGUCUUCAUACACCAUAGUGGAGAAUCUAAACAGUUGCUUUCCAUUUUAGGGAAAACACAAACACUUGCGUUCCACUUUUAUAAAUUUAAGAACUCAUCCAUGUUCAUUUUAUUAUGCAGCAUUACCAGUCAGAGCUGUAUAUGCUGGUAGGUUGUUCAGUAUUGGAAGUAGCAUUGAUACUAAGGUUCAUUUUCUGUUCCAUGUACCAUUAUCUGAGCUGCUGUGUUCUCUUUAGCAGUGUCCUCUAAGGAGGUGACCUCAUAAUGUCUGCAGCUAUCUUUUCAACAUCAUUAUUCACUCUAUAGCACAUAACUUUAUGUAUUGUAGACUUACUUCCUUUGUCAUAUUCUUCCACUCUGUCUUCCAUACAAUCUAUCUCGUAUACAUCUCCUGUUAGUCUUGCUCUCAUACACCUUUCUGACAAAUUCAUCUUUCAAUUAAUCAUUAUACUUCAUUUGUGUAUAAAAUAAGUCAGAUGUUGGCUCAUUAAUAAGCCAAGCCAUCACAAAGAUAAAGAGUGACACAUUCUGUGAUUUAAAUCUGAACAGGCAGGUCUCAAUACCUGCAACUUCAGGAAACCUGUCUUGCUGGUCACUGCACUCCUCUAUCAGCUGAUCUCAGCACCACCCAGCCCAAAUGCUGCUCACUCUGACCUUCAAGACUGAUGCAGGGAGGAAGGCCCUGUGGUUCUAGUAUUAUAAGGAUUUUUUUAACUUGAUAAUUUGUGUAAACACUGGACAUUGUAUUCACAGGAAAAACUGAUAUAUUUAUUUUUUAUGUUUUGAUCGUCUUUGAUGACUUUGAUGGGUGUAUAAAGCACCUGAGAAGGAAUGUAGUAGUAUUUUUUUAUUACUGAAGGGUGCUAUUUACAGACAGCCAUGAGUGCACAUACUAUCUGUGUGUGACAAAGCACAAUUACACUUGUACUGAAUUCCUGCUGUAAGAAAAUCACCUUAACCCUAAUCUUGCCUAUGAUGAAAUUCCCUAUCAAUGUGAUACCCAGCAACAUUCUUCCAAGAUUCAUGAUGUGUUGUAUGUACUACUCUAGCUGUCAUGGACAUGCUAAUGCUGUACUAUUCCCUUUUAGUAAAACUGGUGUAGAUUCCUUUUGACAAAAAUCAUGUGAAAUCAUACUGUCAGAUAAAUUUGUGUCAUGUGUAUAGAAUGCCUUUUUGCCUCCUCCAUUUCAUCUAUCACGGCAUCAACUCCUCACUCUGUAGCAUUUAGCAUGAUUGUUUACAACACAAGAGCAGUUGAUGAUGUUGCUUCAUUUGUCACCUCAUGAUGUAUGUCAAGAGUGCUUGUUUCUUUAUUUGCCAUUAGUGUUUUCCAGUAUGUGAUGAUGUUAAUGUGACUAGAAAUCUGGUGGUGAUCAGUUUUCAAGUUCAGUGCCUAUGAGAGGCAGGCAGAAGUCAGCCUCGGGUUGUCCCACGGGCAGUAUGUCAGCAUUUGACAACACCUCUGAUUCUGUCGCUUCAUGUUUGUGCAAUACUAUAUGAGGUCAUUAUACCUGCUGAUUGGCUCUGUAAUGCUGCCACCUGAACACAUGUGAACUGAUGACAGUCACUGACUGACACUCUCAUCCUUCAUAUUCCCAUCUUUUUAAUGUGCGAUAAAUUGACUUUUGAUUCCUACCAAAAUCCUUAUUUAUUCCUAAGACCCCUGAUUACAAACAAUGUAGUACCUUAUAAGUAAAAGAGGUAUUUAUUGGAAUGAAAAGUCAAUUUGCCAUACAUUUUGAAAAGAUAAAGGCACUUGGGAUAAUCAUAAUUACCAUGAUAACAUGUUAUCAGCUGGCAUAAUUACUGGGCCAGAGCAGAUAGCCAUACAACACACACACACACACACACACACACACACACACACACACACACACACACACACACACACACACACACACACACACACACACACACACACACACGCAUGCAUGCACACACACACACACACACACACACACACACACACACACACACACACACACACACACACACACACACACACACACACACACACACACACACAUGCAUGCACACACGCACGCACACAUGCACGCACACACACACAUGCACGCACACACACGCGCACACACACACACACACACACACACACACACACACAUGCAAAUGUGGUAGAUAAAAAAGAAAUGCCUUGAUUUUAAUAUUGGAAUUUUAAGGAUGAUUUAAAGCUAGCCUGAAUAAAUUUAAAGGUUUAGAAGUAACAAAAUCUUCCUAGUUUCAAACAUGGUAACUUGAAGAAUAGCUUUUAAAUCUACUAGUAACAAAACAUGCCUUGAUCCAGGAGCUUCAAGGAUUAGGAAGAAUUGGUUGUGACCCACGGGUGGUCAUUGUAGCACUUAGUUAUGGAAGUUGUGCUCCAUGUUCAAACCAGAAAAAAAACAAGACGAUGGAGUAUUUUCACCCCACCGAAAGGUACACUCUCAGAUAUCUGAAUUGUGUGUGCAAUCCCAUGGCCUCCGCAAAAUGUUAACUAUGUGAAAUUAUCAAAAUUUAUUGCAAUCAUUACCAGCUUUCUUAUGUUUCUAUACUAAAUUUAAAGUCUGAAAUCACUUUUAACUUUGUCUUCAGUCAUGUAAAAUGUUUAUUGCAACCUCUCAGGGUGCCCUCAGGAAUUGUCACAGAACACUUUGUGAAAACAUGAAAACAAAGUUAGCCUGACAGGUGUUGAGAGUGCAGCCAAAGGUGAGGUGAAAAUGAAGAUUAAAUCAUCAUUCUCAGCAAUAACAUGUAGUCUAGAGUAUUACACUGCUCAAUAUUCAUAGUUUCUGGUCAUACUGAUUUGUGGUAUGUUAACAAAUUAAGUGAAUUUGUCACGAUUAGGAAUCUUGCCCGGGAAGCAGAGUUUGUAUAUGUUAGAAUUCUGAUGUUCCUGAUAACCUGCACAGAACCAAGAUGGAUAACCAUUAUGUUCCUGUAGUAAGGAUAUAUCCAUGACUCACCGAGAGACGUAGAUCUUAGGAGCAGUGCGUCAGUGUUCUCCCAGCUCACGUCACAGGAUCAGAACUCAUCCCCAACAGAGGUGUUUUGUUUCUGUACCUACAUCCAUUUAAGCCAUCUAAUUUAUGUACUUUUCACCCCUAAUUGAUUUCCUCGCCUGCAGGUACACUUAUAUAGUACCUACAACAUGCAUUUCUGUCUACUGAGUAUUAGGUAGCGAGUCCCAAACAAGUAAGGACCUGAAUAGCGUCUAAGUGAUGGAUUUGUUUUUAUCAAUUCCAGAGUUACAUUACAAGCUGUUUGUGGUGAUAGCAGAGCACCUGGCUUGUCUCUGUUGCUGAGGUUUUGAUAAGUUCAAGUAUUAUAAGCAACUUCCCCAGUGAAGGAAACUGUGGACCUUUUUUAUAUUGUAUCAAAUGAAGAAUAUAGUUUUGUUAGAGAAUGUAGAGUCAGCCACUUUUGUCUCAUUAUCCACAUUUGUGUACUUAUGUGUCCAUUAUCAUGAUCAGUAAAACAAUAUUUAUUUUA